UUCGUCAUUUCAGUCGCCGCAGACACUCUACUUUAUCCACAUCAAUCGCCGCCGAAUCGCCGCCGUCCAUCUCCAGACUUCAGAUUACCAAUGAUGAUGCUGUCGAGGUACUUCAGGCGGACGCUGUUCUCUGCAGCCAAAUCAGAAGGGUCUGGUGCUGCUUCUAUGGCUAGGACCACGGCGCACAACCCGCUUGAGGAGUUGUUUGAAGUAGAUAGGAAGACUGAUGAAGAAGCGCCAGUUGUAUAUGGUCGAAGUUGGAAGGCAUCUGAACUGCGUCUGAAGUCUUGGGAUGAUCUCAAUAAGCUAUGGUUUGUUCUGCUGAAAGAGAAAAAUAUGUUGAUGACUCAACGUCAGAUGCUUCACGCACAGAAUCUUCGGUUUCCUAAUCCUGAGCGCCUUCCCAAGGUGAGGAAGUCGAUGUGCCGUAUCAAGCAUGUUCUCACUGAGAGGGCAAUUGAGGAACCUGAUUCCAGGAGGUCUGCUGAGAUGAAGAGGAUGAUAAAUGCGUUGUGAUAGCUUCUACACCCGUGUGUUGGUUACUUGGUGAACACUAGCGAUGCUCCUUGGUUUCUUUCUCUCCUUCCAUUAAGGAGCACUUGUAAUAUUAGAUAAAUAAUUGACGGCUUCCGCCUUCCUGUUUCGAUGAACUCGUAUGGCGGUUUUUUUUUUUGGUUACUUUGUAGUUU